CAUUGUUCCAGAAGAGGACACUGGAGUGCUGGAAUAGGGCAGGUGCUGCUAGAUGGGUGCGAAGGAGGUGCUGCUGGAUGGGACGGAGGCCGGCGCCAGUGGUAUGUUAGAGCCUGCGGGGCCAACGGAAGGUUCGUACGUGGUCAGACACACACACAGGGAGAGAGAAUCUAGUUUGUCAUCAGCUUCGUCUGCGAAGGAGAGUGUGCGAGGCAGCCAGGAGUUCAGGCCCGGCCCGGCGCAUGGACUUGGAGCCAUUGUUGCCUUGACGUGCUUCAACUUCCCAUGUGCACAGAGAGAGAUGCAUCAUGUUGAUCCGUGAGCGUUUGUCGUUUGUCCUUGCCUGUCUUUGCUGCAGACGGAAUGAUCUAUGCCACGAUUGGCGUUUAUAUUCUACCCUAUGAGGCCCUGCGGCUAUGGCCCAGCCACGAAAGCCUCAUGGUCGGUCUGUCCGUGGCCCUGAUUGGCCUCACGCAACUAACUUGCCCCGUUAUCGGCGUCAUCUCCGACAACCACGGAAAGAGGAAACCCUUCAUGUUUGCAGGUAGCCCACAGACAAAGUGGGAAAGCAGGCUUCACAGUCAGUUUUUGACUGAGAAAAAGUGCGUAUGAGAAGAUUCCGAAUUAUCUCUGACACCGAUACCUGCACAGGUGGUAUAGUGUCGGUGUCAAGUCUCUUAUUUAUGUCGCUAGCGAGCCUGCUGAUGGCACGUGGUUUGUGGCUGAUACUCCUGGUGGUCGUGUCGUGCGGCCUGAACGUUAUCUACAGGUAAGAGACACAAGGAUGAAUGAAUUGAUUCUCUCACACUAGGGUCCGAUAACAGCGCGCAGACGGGCCUAAUUGCUGAUCAGCUCAAGGACCAGUCCAGCCGAGGAACCGUGUCAGGCGUCGUCGCCGUACACCUGCUACUCGGAUCUACCCUAGGUCGAUUACGGUCACGCACACCAUUCACGGACACAAACAAAGUCAUGCGAGAACGACAUUUGUAGGUCAUACGUGUAUGUGGUUUGUGUGCAGGAUUUUUGUUCGUUGCGUACACAACAAAUUUUGACUUCCAAAUUAUGUACUUCACAUAUUGUGUGGUGAUUUUCGUUUCGGUGAUGCUGGUGUGCUAUAUGGCCGUGGAGGAUUGCAGCAACGAGUGGCUCAGGGGUUCUAAACUGGCGCUAAGAGACCUCCUGCGUUCAUUCACCGUCGACAGAAGUAACAACCCUGACUUUUUUUGGGUGCUCGUAGCGCGGUGAGCGGUGGUGCAGGCUGGAUCGCUCUCUAAUUUGUCGUCGAUUCCACUGGUGGUUCUAGGACGAUCUACUACGUUGGGACCAGCGGGGAGGUGAGGAAUACAGAAUCUCAAUAAAGUCGCAGUCACAUGGCGCUGGCCAGGUCUUCCUCCUGUAUUAUUUACGCGACAUGGUGGGGACGAGCGACGAGGCGACGCAAAAAUUCCAAAUCUCUAUCAUAGCCUUGCUGGGACAGGCACACAAAAUGGAGACAGAGAGAGAGACAACAUACAGACAUGCCUUCUUACUCUGUCUUUCGUCAUUGUAUGUUACUGUAUGUGACUCAGUCCGCAGCAGCAGUGGUGGCUUGUCCAGCGGGUUAUUUGAGCGAGCGGUCGGGAAGAAAAAUCCUCGUCUACCUCGCAUGCUCGCUCAUGUGCUUCACGUGGGCCAUGUUGAUCAUCAUGCCAUACAUCUGGGUACACACAGUAGCCACGAUCAGCCCCGCACAUGCCCGUUUCCUUCUCCGCUCAGACGGAGGACGCGUCAUACGAGUCCUAUGUGCUGUGCAUAUACUUCUGCGCCGUCAUUUACGGCAUCGGUAAUGGCGCAUACCUAUCAGUCGAGCUUGCACUUGCACUCGACUGUCUGCCCGACGGAAGGACCGCUGCAAAGGACCUCGGUCAGUCACGCCCGCCACUUGUACAUGACCUCGCUGACCAUUAUGUGGUGUGCAGGAAUCUGGAGCGCGAGUGCAUUUAUUGGGAGUGCUAUAGGGCCGCUAAUUCAGGCGUUCUCUCUCGAGCUCGUCGGCCGCCGCGGCAUCGCCAUUGAUCACAUGGACCAACCCGAGAGUUACCACUAUGCCGGCUAUCUUUCAGUUUUGGCAUUUUCGUUUGUAUCUCUAUCUGUGUCUGCAUUGAUUAUCUCCUUCAUCCGACGGGUCAGAUGAUCGAUGGACCUUAUAUUGAGAUUGCAACUGGGCCUCCGAAAGGUUGAUUUGGCCAGUGUAUGCGGGUGCGGUUUGCUUCCUUUAUUCGUCUGGUCACCAUAUGCAGACGUGUUCCAACCAAAUUCUGCAUACAUCGUUGAUAGAGCCGGCAUUCCGUUUCACUGUGGACCCUUGACAUUGAAUAAUGUGAAUGCACAGACCAG